GGGCGGGCCGUAUUUCCGGCCCGGGGAACCGUCGCGUUUCUGGGGCGACGCCUCAGCUGGCAGUUACCACCGCGCAGGAAGCCUCCGGACAGGUCACCUCCAGCCGCAGCGUCACCAUGGGGGCUGUGCUGGGCAUCUGCUCCCUCGCCAGCUGGGUCCCGUGCCUCUGCAGCGGUGCGUCGUGCCUGCUGUGCAGCUGCUGUCCCAACAGUAAGAACUCCACUGUAACUCGUCUCAUCUAUGCCUCGAUUCUCUUCCUGGGCACGAUCGUGUCCUGUAUCAUGCUGGUGGAUGGGAUGGAAGCUCAGCUGAAGAAGAUUCCUGGAUUCUGUGAAGGAGGAUUCCAAAUAAAGAUGACUGAAAUAAAGGCGGAUAAAGAUUGUGAUGUCCUGGUUGGUUAUAAAGCUGUUUACCGGAUCAACUUUGCCUUGGCCAUCUUUUUCUUUGCCUUUUUUCUGCUCAUGUUAAAAGUAAAAACAAGUAAAGAUCCCAGAGCAGCAGUACACAAUGGGUUUUGGUUCUUCAAAAUUGCCGCCAUUGUUGGCAUCAUGGUUGGAUCCUUCUACAUUCCUGGGGGCUAUUUCACCUCAGUGUGGUUUUUUGUUGGCAUGGGAGGAGCCGCUUUCUUCAUCCUCAUCCAACUGGUGCUCUUGGUAGACCUGGCUCACUCUUGGAAUGAAUCAUGGGUAAAUCGUACGGAAGAAGGAAACCCAAGGGUCUGGUAUGCUGCUUUACUGUCUGUUACAAGCCUUUUUUAUAUCCUGUCAAUCGUGUCUGUGGGGCUGCUCUACACAUACUACACCAAACCAGAUGACUGCACAGAAAACAAGUUCUUCAUCAGUAUUAAUCUGAUCCUUUGUGUUGUGGUUUCUGUUGUAUCCAUCCUUCCAAAAAUUCAGGAACACCAGCCUCGCUCUGGCCUCCUGCAGUCCUCCAUCAUUACCCUCUACACCAUGUACCUCACGUGGUCCGCCAUGUCCAAUGAGCCUGAUCGUUCCUGCAACCCCAGCCUGCUGAGCAUCAUCACACACAUGGCCACUCCAACCCUGGCUCCUGGAAACUCAACAACCGUGGCCCCUACACCUGCUCCACCAUCAAGGAGUGGGCAUUUCCUGGACUUGGAGAACAUUGGAGGGCUGCUAGUCUUCGUUUUAUGCCUUCUAUACUCUAGCAUCCGCACUUCCACCAAUAGCCAAGUGAACAAGCUGACUCUGUCAGGAAGUGACAGCGUGAUCCUCGGCGAUACAGCUGCCAAUGGAGCGGGCGAUGAAGAAGAUGGACAGCCUCGGCGGGCUAUAGACAAUGAGAGGGAGGGAGUGCAGUACAGCUACUCCUUCUUCCACUUAAUGCUCUGCUUGGCUUCCUUGUACAUCAUGAUGACCCUGACCAGCUGGUACAGCCCCGAUGCAAAUUUCCAGAAUGUGACCAGCAAGUGGCCGGCUGUGUGGGUCAAAAUCAUCUCCAGUUGGGUGUGCCUCGCCCUUUACGUCUGGACCCUUGUGGCUCCCAUUUUCCUCACCAAUCGGGACUUCAGCUGAACCUGUGCCGUGGAUCCACUGAAGUUCUUAAAGGUCUCCUUUGCUGAAAACUCACAGCUCUUUUAAGUUUGCUUCAACUAAAAUAUUUAGUGAACGCUUGGCAAGUUUGACUAAAUCCAGGUUUCUAUCACAAGGCAAGAUUGACUAAUGCGUGAUGCGGGAUUGGAAAUUUUCAUUAUAUGUAUAUGAUGUUGACUUAUAAGGAUAUAGCACAAAAGGAAUGUUUUUGUGAUUUAAAGUGAACUACAGCUGUGCUGUGAAGAGAGUUCUUUAUAAAGAUCUAUAGGUUCCUACAACUUUGGUUUAAGAUUUAAGAUAGAAAAAUGUUGGAUAUUUGAGGCCAUCAUUAAUAUAUUUCUAUUGCAGUAUCCUUAAGAAACAAACAAACAAACAAAAAACCAACAAAACGUGUUGAUAUGACGUCUUCCUCUGUGAGAGGCCUUACUUCUGGGAGCCAAGCACUCUGGUCAGUACUUGCACUCUGCAGAGGUGUAGUGUCACAGCUCGGGGGAAGGAUCGUGUCUGGGUCUUUCCCCAGAAGAGCGGUUGCUGAUGUGGCCACUGCUUCUACAUUGUGAGUUUUUUAUUUACUUUUUUAAUACUACAGCAUUGAUGCUGCUUGAUUCAAGUCUGUAGCUUUGCUGGAUAUUUUAAUUUCAAUAAAUGCUUUGUAGAUUUGAUUAAAAUGAAGAUUCACUUGGGAAAACACUGCAAUGUCUAUGUAAUGAUCUUGUUAUGAGUAUGUUAAAAGUGAAAUGCAUGUGACUAUUAUAUUUGCACUAUAAAGGUGUUUGAUUAAAAUAGA